AUGAAGGCGUCCCUCUCCACGAGCAAGGCGUCCCUCGCCUCGCCCGUGGUCUCCGGCCCCGCCUCAGCCAACAUCGCGCGCUUCGAUGGGCUCAAGUCGGCCUCCGCAUUCGCGGGUGCCAAGCCCUCCUCUCAGACCGCUCAGCUGCGCGCCAAGUCCUCUGCGGUGCAGAGCAGCGAGGCGCAGCGCGGCGUGGUGCGGUGCGAGCAGACGGAGCCCGGCAUGAAGCUGGUGUUCGUGUCGGCGGAGGUGGCGCCGUGGAGCAAGACCGGCGGCCUGGGCGACGUGCUGGGCGGCCUGCCCCCCGCUCUCGCCGCCAGGGGCCACCGCGUGAUGACGGUGUCGCCGCGCUACGACCAGUACAAGGACGCCUGGGACACUGACGUCAUUAUCGAUGUGAAGGUGGGCGACGCGGUGGAGAAGGUGCGGUUCUUCCACUGCUACAAGCGCGGCGUGGAUCGCGUGUUCGUGGACCACCCGUUGUUCCUGGCCAAGGUGUACGGCAAGACGGGCAGCAAGGUGUACGGGCCCAAGACGGGCGUGGACUACGACGACAACGUGCUGCGCUUCUCGCUCUUCAACCAGGCGGCGCUCAUGGCGCCCAAGGUGCUCGCGCUCAACAACAACCCCUUCUACUCGGGCACGUACGGCGAGGACGUGGUGUUCGUCGCCAACGACUGGCACACGGGCGUGCUGCCGGCGUACCUCAAGGUGCUGCAGCAGCAGGGGCACUUCCGGCAGGCCAAGGUGGCCUUCUGCACGCACAACAUCGCGUACCAGGGCCGCUUCGCGCCCUCCGACUUCGACCGCCUCAACCUCCCCGACUCCUUCCGCCCCUCCUUCGCCUUCACUGACGGGUACGCGACGCCGGUGAAGGGGCCGAAGAUCAACUGGCUGAAGGCGGGAUUCACGGAGGCGGACAUGGUGCUGACGGUGUCGCCCAACUACGCGGCGGAGCUGCAGUCGGGGCCGGCCAAGGGCGUGGAGCUGGACGACGUGAUUCGCGCCAAGGGCAUCAAGGGCAUCGUCAACGGCAUGGACGUCACGGAGUGGGACCCGUCGGAGGACAAGUUCCUCGACGCGCGCUACGACGCGUCCAACGUGCUGGAGGUCAAGCCGGCGCUCAAGGAGGCGCUGCAGGCGGAGGUGGGGCUGCCGGUGCGCGCGGACGUGCCGGUGCUGGCGUUCAUCGGGCGGCUGGAGGAGCAGAAGGGGUCGGACAUUCUGUCGGCGGCGGUGGAGGAGAUUCUCGCGGGCGACGUGCAGCUGAUCGUGCUGGGCACGGGCAAGAAGUACCUGGAGCAGCAGCUCGAGGCGCUCGAGACCAAGUACCCCGACAAGGCGCGCGGCGUCGUCAAGUUCAACACGCCGCUGGCGCAUCUCAUGACGGCCGGCGCCGACUUCAUGCUGGUGCCGUCGCGCUUCGAGCCGUGCGGGCUGAUCCAGCUGCACGCCAUGCGCUACGGCACGGUGCCCAUCGUGGCGUCCACGGGCGGGCUCGUGGACACCGUGAAGGACGGCGUCACGGGCUUCCAGAUCGGCGAGUUCAACGUCGACUGCGAGGCGGUGUAUCCGGAGGACGUGGCGACGCUGACGGCGGGAGUGCAGCGCGCGCUCAAGGUGUUCGGCACGCCGGCGUUCGACCAGAUGAUUCUCAACGGCAUGGCGCAGGACCUGUCGUGGAAGGGCCCCGCCAAGGAGUGGGAGGAGACGCUCCUCUCGCUGCAGGUCGAAAACUCCUCGCCCGGCCAGGCCGACGGCGUCGAAAUCGCGCCCAAGGCCCUCGCCAACGUCGCCGCCCCCUAA